AUGCUAAAUGUCAACAUCAGAGAAGCGGAAGACGACGAGGAUUACUCGUGGUAUUUGGAAUCAUACUCGGUGGUCGUGGGCUCUCGAGAAUACCUGGCACUCAACCAAAAACUCGUCAAGAUGAUAUCUCUGCUGCACUACGUAGUCCAAUACAGCCAAACCUGCUUCCGUGAGUCGCAGCGACAAGAAGCGGCUUUGUGGAUUCAUGAAAACAUCAACCCAUUCGCGCCGCCCCUCGAAGUGCGAAUCAACUAUGCCUUCGCCAUGCUCUCAACAAGAAGCUCACCGAUGCUCAACGCCAUUCCAUCUACGAGAUGCUUCUGGAACGAAGCGUAG